AUGUUGGUACUUCACACUAUUCGCACACACUGGUCUUCGUCAAGGAGACGUGCUCGUGCUGGCUGUUGGGCUGCAGAAGACUUGUUCCAGGGAGAGCAGCGGCAAACGUGA